AUGUGUAAAAAUGCUAAUAAAACAGUGAAAGUAAACGAGUUCGAAAUCGAUUUUGAAGAAGACAUGUCAGAAGAAAGUGCAAGUGAACUCGACAAUCAGAUUUCAGAGUCGUUAGAAAAUGAUAUUUUGCAAUUGCAGGACGAGGAAAUCGACGACGAAAUAGAAUAUGGCCACCUUAAUGAUGUUUCUAAAGGCGUCAAUGCAAAUGAAAUAGGAGUUCCAACUGAUUUUGAGAACAAUAUUGCUGUGGAAAAGGAAAAUUCCGGGUUAAAUGAAGAUAAAGACCUAAUUGAAAGAGAGAGUAGCUCACAGAGGGAAGAAAAUAUUGUUUCGGAUAAUGAAAAUAAAAUGCACAAAAGGAAGAAGCGACAGUCAAAACUGGACUGGGAAUAUAAUUCUAAUGAGAAGAAGAGACAAUCGUACAUGGGAACAACGAACAACAAAUUUGUAGUUCAGGAAAAUGAAAGGAAGUUAAAAGUUAGGUACAAGAAAAAGGAAAGGGUAAGGGGUAAGCGUGUUGCAAAACCAAUGUUUUGCAACACGCUUGGUGUGUCCAUGAGAACUAUUACUCGCUGGUUAAAUAGAAGCCUUAGUUCACCAGAAACCAAAAAACGUGAUGAUGUAGAAACUAAAAGUAAUGAUUUCGACAAAAAGAAGCAAUUAAGAAAUAAUGAGAAAAAAAUCAGUUUGAGAUUUUUUUACCAAUUUGCCAAAGCUAGAACCUCAUUAUUGUCGGAACUCCUCUUCUAA